AUCCGAGCAGAUGGGCCUCCUCAUGGUGGUAUUCAGUAUGAAACGGUGCCAAUUUUCAAGGAUGGGAGUCAUAUCCUCCGUGACAUGGCCUUUUCCACAGAUCAUAAUUACCUCUAUGUCAUGUCAGAAAGACAGGUGUCCCAGAUUCCUGUUGAAUCCUGUGAACAGUAUACAACCUGUGGAGAAUGUCUGAGUUCAGGAGACCCUCACUGUGGCUGGUGUGUUCUGCAUCACAUAUGUUCACGGAGGGACAAAUGCGAGCGAGCCAAUGAACCUUUCCGAUUUGCAGCCAGCAUCAACCAAUGUAUGACUAUCGUUGUUCAACCUAGCAGCAUCCCAGUUUCUGAGCAUAGCCUUCCGCUCAGCUUGCUGGUGAAUGAUGCUCCAGAUCUGUCACCUGGCAUAAUCUGUGUAUUUGGAAACCUCACUGAAGUAGAAGGCCAGGUUUUGGGGAACCAAAUUAUAUGUAUUUCUCCAUCCUCUAAGGAUGUCCCUGCCAUACCUGUGGACCAGGACUGGUUUGGCAUAGAGCUUCUGUUGAAAUCCAGAGAGACUGGCAAGAUGUUUGUCAGCACAGAGUUCAAAUUUUACAACUGCAGUGCCCACCAGCUAUGCCUGUCUUGUGUCAACAGUGCCUUUCGCUGUCACUGGUGUAAAUAUCGAAACCUGUGCACUCAUGAUCCAACAACAUGCUCUUUUCAAGAAGGACGGAUCAAUGUUUCUGAGGACUGCCCGCAGUUAUUUCCUACAGAAGAAAUUUUGAUCCCUGUUGGUGAAGUGAAGCCCAUCACACUGAAAGCUAGGAAUUUACCCCAACCGCAAUCUGGCCAGCGUGGAUAUGAAUGUGUUCUCAAUAUCCAAGGUGUGAUUCAUCGUGUACCAGCUCUUCGCUUCAAUAGCUCAAGUGUACAAUGCCAGAAUAGUUCGUACUUCUAUGAUGGAAUGGACAUAAGUAAUUUAGCUGUAGAUUUUGCUGUCGUUUGGAAUGGAAACUUCAUUAUCGACAACCCAGAGGAUAUGAAAGUUCAUCUAUACAAAUGUGCAGCCCAGAGGGAAAGCUGUGGACUGUGCCUGAAAGCGGACCAGAAAUUUGAGUGUGGCUGGUGCACUGGAGAAGGAAAGUGCACUUUACAUCAACACUGUCCCACCCCUCUCAGCGGAUGGGGAAGGUGGCUUGACUGGUCAAGCAGGAAUGUCAAAUGCUCCAAUCCACGCAUCACUGAGAUCCUAACACUAUCAGGUCCACCAGAAGGAGGAACACGAGUCACAAUUCGUGGUGUUAACCUGGGGCUGGAUUUCUCUGAGAUAGCCCACAAUGUACAAGUAGCUGGUGUGGAAUGUGUUCCACUAGAGGACCAGUACAUUAUUGCUGAACAAAUUGUGUGUGAAAUGGGGCAAGCUGAGCCUGACAUUAGCUCCGGUCCUGCACUCCUCUGUAUUGGAGAAUGCAAAUCAGAAUUUGUGGCCAAGUCUGCACAACAUUAUACAUUCGUGAAUCCUGCUGUGGGUUAUUUGAGUCCCAGCCGUGGACCAGAGUCAGGAGGGACUAUGGUGACCAUUACUGGCCAUUUUCUGGGAGCUGGCAGCAGUGUGUCGGUAUUGCUGGGUAAUCAGACCUGCGAGUUUUAUGGGAGAUCAAUUAAUGAGAUUAUGUGUGUGUCUGCACCUUCUACCCAUGGUCUUGGACCAGUGCAUGUUUCUGUCAGUGUGGACCGGGCCCAGCUAGAAAGCUCGUUACAAUUUGAAUACAUUGAUGACCCAAAAGUUCAUCGGAUUGAGCCUGAAUGGAGCAUAGCCAGUGGCCACACACCUCUCACUGUUACAGGAUCCAACCUGGAUGUUAUACAAGAACCCAGAAUCCGAGUGAAGUACAAUGGCAAAGAAUCUGUCAAUGUUUGUAAAGUUGUGAAUACUACCACCCUCACUUGCCUGGCUCCUUCACUUACAUCACAGUACCGACCAGGUCUGGAUGUUGUUGAACGACCUGAUGAAAUCGGAUUCAUCUUUAACAAUGUUCAAUCUUUACUGAUUUAUAAUGACACCAAAUUUAUUUAUUAUCCAAACCCUGCCUUUGAACUUUUGAGUGCUACUGGCAUCUUGGACCAAAAGCCAGGAUCACCCAUCAUCCUGAAGGGUAAAAAUCUGUGUCCACCUGCAUCGGGUGGAGCAAAGCUGAAUUAUACUGUUCUGAUUGGAGAAACUCCCUGUGCUGUCACCAUCUCUGAGACCCAAUUACUUUGUGAACCUCCAAAUCUCACCGGGCAACACAAAGUUAUGGUGCAUGUAGGUGGCAUCAUUUUCUCACCUGGCUCAGUGAAUGUGAUCUCAGACAGCCUGCUGACUUUGCCUGCUAUUGUCAGUAUUGCAGCAGGAGGCAGUCUUCUUCUCAUCAUAGUCAUCAUAGUCCUCAUUGCCUACAAGCGCAAGUCACGUGAAAAUGAUCUCACGCUCAAGAGACUUCAGAUGCAGAUGGACAACCUCGAGUCUCGGGUAGCCCUUGAAUGCAAAGAAGCUUUUGCAGAGCUGCAGACAGACAUCAAUGAGUUAACCAGUGACCUGGACCGCUCUGGGAUCCCGUAUCUUGAUUAUCGCACAUAUGCCAUGAGAGUUCUCUUCCCUGGCAUUGAAGAUCACCCUGUCCUGCGUGAACUAGAGGUCCAAGGGAAUGGACAGCAGAACGUUGAAAAAGCCCUGAAGCUCUUUGCCCAGCUCCUCAACAAUAAGGUUUUUUUGUUGACAUUUAUCCGUACCCUGGAAUUACAGCGAAGUUUUUCCAUGCGUGACCGUGGCAAUGUGGCUUCCCUCAUCAUGACAGGACUUCAAGGAAAGCUAGAAUAUGCCACUGAUGUCCUCAAGCAGUUGUUGUCUGACCUGAUUGAGAAGAACCUGGAGAACAAAAACCACCCUAAGUUGCUCCUGCGCAGGACAGAGUCUGUAGCUGAGAAGAUGCUGACUAAUUGGUUUGCUUUCUUACUCCACAAGUUCCUAAAGGAAUGUGCUGGAGAACCACUCUUCAUGUUGUACUGUGCCAUCAAGCAACAGAUGGAGAAAGGCCCAAUUGAUGCUAUUACAGGGGAAGCACGUUAUUCCCUCAGUGAGGACAAGCUGAUCAGGCAGCAGAUUGAGUACAAAACACUGAUCUUGAACUGUGUGAAUCCGGAUAAUGAAAAUAGUCCUGAGAUUCCUGUGAAGGUGCUUAACUGUGAUACUAUCACACAAGUCAAGGAGAAGAUUCUUGAUGCAGUAUAUAAAAAUGUCCCAUACUCCCAAAGGCCUCGAGCUGUUGACAUGGACUUGGAAUGGCGCCAAGGUCGAAUAGCACGUGUGGUACUUCAGGAUGAAGACAUCACAACCAAGAUUGAGGGUGACUGGAAGCGGUUAAACACAUUGAUUCAUUAUCAGGUCUCUGAUCGCUCUGUAGUUGCCCUUGUUCCUAAACAGACUUCUUCUUAUAAUAUUCCUGCUUCUGCCAGCAUAUCACGGACCUCAAUUAGCAGAUAUGAUUCCACAUUUCGGUACACAGGUAGCCCAGAUAGUCUUCGUUCAAGGGCACCCAUGAUUACUCCUGACCUAGAGAGUGGAGUGAAAGUCUGGCAUUUAGUCAAAAACCAUGACCAUGGUGACCAGAAGGAAGGUGAUCGGGGAAGUAAGAUGGUAUCAGAGAUCUACUUGACACGGCUGCUAGCUACAAAGGGUACACUUCAAAAGUUUGUGGAUGACCUGUUCGAGACUUUGUUCAGUACUGUGCAUCGAGGCAGCGCUCUCCCACUGGCUAUCAAAUAUAUGUUUGAUUUCCUAGAUGAGCAAGCAGAUAAGCAUGGCAUCCAUGACACUGAUGUGAGGCAUACCUGGAAGAGCAACUGUCUUCCUCUUCGCUUCUGGGUGAAUGUAAUUAAAAAUCCACAGUUCGUCUUUGAUAUCCACAAAGGAAGUAUCACUGAUGCCUGCCUCUCGGUUGUAGCUCAGACUUUUAUGGAUUCAUGUUCCACCUCAGAGCAUCGGCUGGGCAAGGAUUCCCCCUCCAAUAAGCUGCUGUAUGCCAAGGAUAUACCCAGCUAUAAAAGCUGGGUAGAAAGGUAUUAUGCAGAUAUUGCAAAACUCCCAGCCAUCAGUGACCAAGACAUGAAUGCCUACCUCGCAGAACAGUCACGUCUGCACUAUGUUGAUUUCAACAUGCUGAGUGCACUCAAUGAAAUAUACUCCUAUGUCAGCAAAUACAGUGAGGAGAUCAUUGGGGCUCUGGAGCAGGAUGAGCAGGCGCGCCGGCAGCGCUUGGCAUACAAAGUAGAGCAACUUAUUGGUGCCAUGUCUAUGGAGAGCUGAAGAAAGGAGCAGGAACUCCUAGGAAAAAACAUAAGGAGUGAUUGCAAAGACUUUGGGGAAUUAAGGAAAUUGGCAAGGUGGCCACAAAGAAUAUAUCGGGAAUACUGUGAGAAUCUCCUACAAGAAGC